UGUCUCUUCUUCUCUUUUUAACUGUAUGCUUCUCCGACACCCGGUAAUCCUCAUUGUACGCCGUGUGCCUUCCUAUCACAACAAUUCUGAAUCCUCUUUCCUCUCAUCAAUUCAGAAUCUCAAUUCCAAUUCCUUAAAACCCUAGAAAGAAAGAAAAAGAAACACUCGAAUUGAAUUAAAUUGAAUUGAAUUCCAACAACAAACAACAAUGGAGCAACUGAAGACGAUUGGUCGAGAACUGGCGAUGGGAUCUCAGGGAGGUUUCGGCCAAUCGAAGGAGUUUCUGGAACUCGUGAAGUCGAUCGGAGAAGCCCGAUCGAAGGCCGAGGAAGACCGAAUCGUCCUCCGAGAGAUCGAAACCCUCAAACGCCGUCUCUCCGAUCCCGACAUCCCCAAACGUAAGAUGAAGGAGUAUCUCAUUCGCCUCGUCUAUGUCGAAAUGCUCGGCCAUGACGCCUCCUUCGCUUACAUCCACGCCGUUAAGAUGACUCACGACGAUUCUCUUCUCCUCAAACGCACCGGCUAUCUCGCCGUCACUCUCUUCCUCUCUGACGAUCACGAUCUCAUCAUCCUCAUUGUUAACACUAUUCAGAAGGAUCUCCGCUCCGACAACUUCCUCGUCGUCUCCGCCGCUCUCUCCGCCGUCUGCAAGCUCAUCAAUGAUGAGACCAUUCCCGCCGUUUUGCCUCAGGUCGUUGAGCUUCUUUCUCAUCCCAAGGAGGUUGUUAGGAAGAAGGCCAUCAUGGCGUUGCACCGCUUCCACCAGAAGUCGCCUUCCUCCGUUGCGCAUCUGGUGUCGAAUUUUCGGAAGCGGCUAUGUGAUAAUGAUCCAGGAGUGAUGGGGGCGACUCUCUGUCCUCUGUUUGAUCUCAUCGCUGCUGAUCCUAAUUCCUUCAAGGAUUUGGUCGUCAGCUUUGUCAGCAUUCUCAAGCAGGUCGCCGAGCGCAGGUUGCCCAAGGCUUACGACUACCAUUCGAUGCCUGCUCCAUUCAUUCAGAUCAAAUUGCUCAAGAUUCUGGCUUUGUUAGGAAGUGGGGAUAAGCAAGCCAGUGAGAAGAUGUACACCGUUGUCGGAGACAUAUUUAGGAAGUGUGAUUCCACUAGCAACAUUGGAAACGCGGUGCUUUACGAGUGUUUAUGCUGUGUUUCAUCCAUAUAUCUGAAUCCCAAGUUGUUAGAAGGUGCCACCGAAGUCAUUUCCAGAUUUUUGAAGAGCGAUAGUCAUAAUCUCAAAUACAUGGGCAUUGACGGCCUUGGUCGACUGAUAAAGUUGAGUCCUGAGAUCGCGGAACAACACCAACUGGCUGUGAUUGAUUGCUUAGAGGACCCAGAUGAUUCUCUAAAGCGAAAAACAUUUGAACUACUCUACAAAAUGACCAAGUCCUCCAAUGUUGAAGUGAUUGUUGAUCGCAUGAUUGAUUAUAUGAUAAGCAUUAAUGAUAAUCAUUACAAGACCUAUAUAGCAUCUCGUUGCGUGGAGCUUGCUGAACAAUUUGCACCUAGUAAUAAUUGGUUUAUCCAGACCAUGAAUAAAGUCUUUGAGCAUGCUGGAGAUCUUGUAAAUGUAAAGGUGGCACAUAACUUGAUGAGGUUAAUCGCAGAGGGGUUUGGAGAGGAUGAUGAAACUGCAGAUACUCAGCUGAGAUCUUCUGCUGUACAAUCGUAUUUGCGUAUUCUUGGAGAGCCCAAACUGCCAUCUGUAUUUCUUCAGGUCAUUUGUUGGGUACUGGGGGAAUAUGGAACUGCUGAUGGGAAGUAUUCUGCUUCCUAUAUCACUGGGAAGCUAUGUGACGUUGCAGAGGCAUAUUCCAAUGACGAAACUGUUCGGGCUUAUGCUAUUACAGCAAUCAUGAAAAUAUAUGCAUUUGAAAUAGCAGCUGGGAGAAAAGUGGAUAUGCUACCUGAGUGUCAAUCUUUGGUUGAAGAACUAUCAGCUUCCCACUCAACAGAUUUGCAGCAACGUGCAUAUGAACUGCAAGUUGUGAUUGACUUAGAUGCUCAUGCUGUUGCAGUUAUCAUGCCACCAGACGCAAGUUGUGAAGACAUUGAGAUUGAUAAAGACCUUUCAUUCCUCAACAAUUAUGUCGAGCAGUCAAUAGAAAAAGGUGCUCAGCCCUACAUUCCUGAGAGCGAGCGCUCUGGAGCGCUAAAUGUCAUUACCUUGAGAAGCCAAGACCAACAUGAAGCUUCAAGCCAUGGUCUCAGAUUUGAGGCGUAUGAGCUUCCAAAACCACCAGUUCCAUCAAGAGUUGCUCCUCUUACCUCUUCAACAGAACUUGUUCCAGUGCCUGAACCAUCGUAUCCUAGGGAGACCUACCAGGCAGCAACAAUAUCGUCUGUUUUAGAUGCAGGGCCAUCAGAACUUAAGCUACGGCUUGAUGGGGUUCAAAAGAAAUGGGGUAGGCCAACAUACUCUUCUUCUCCAUCAUCUACUUCUACUUCUUCCUCUCAGAAGACAAACGGGGUCGCACAAGAUGUUGCUAGCACUGUGGCUUCUUCAAAAAGCCGUGAAACUUAUGAUUCGAGAAAGCCUCAAGUUGAAAUUUCCAAAGAAAAGCAGAAGCUUGCCGCUUCAUUAUUUGGAGGCUCAUCAAAAACUGAAAGAAAGACAUCUACUGCAAACCAGAAGGUGGCUAGAAGCAGUAGCAGCCAUGUUGCCGAGAAGCCUCAGGUGCAAAAAGUGGCGACUGUAGUCACCGAUAUUGCUGCGGACCGGACAAAUCAUCAAGCACCUCCCGAUUUGCUCGACUUGAGCGAAGCAGCUGCUGUAAGUGCCCCUCCAUCCAUUGAUCCGUUCAAGCAGUUGGAAUCGCUUCUUGAUCCUGCCCCAGUUACAUCAGUUGUGAAUAAUGGUUCAGAUGGUGCCUCAAAAACACCAGAUCUAAUGGGAUUGUAUGGAGAUUCAGCUUUAAGUGGGCAAAGUAGUAGUCUGGGAUUCAAUGUAAAUGUCACUUCUGAAUCCUCAAAUGCUACCGGGACCGAUCUAGGCAGGGGUACUGCAUAUCCCGCACAAUUCAGCAAGGGUCCUAGCACAAAAGAUUCCUUGGAAAAGGAUGCCAUUGUAAGGCAGAUGGGGGUUAACCCAUCAAGUCAGAAUCCGAAUUUGUUCAGAGAUUUGCUUGGUUAAAAAAAAAAAGAAAGGUAAAAUGGCAUAGAAAAUUCUAUAAAUAUGCAGCUUGCAGGAUUCGGUUAUUUGAUUUUGCGAUUUCUUUCUGAGCCGGAUUGCUCUUCGAGAAGGAAAAAACGUGUAACUAUAUGUUUUACGCGACAGAAGCAGAGACAACCCACAUUGGCGUGACUAAAUUUCCCAUAAACAGUGGAAUCAGGUACAGGUUUGUAUUUUGAUCCAAGCAUACUGCUUUUGUAGAAAAUUGGGCAUGGUUGAGUUGCAUAAUGGGGGUGGUUGGGGUCUUGUAAAAUUAGCGCUGUAUUAAUAAGACAUUUUCGUCCCAUUUUUAUCUCAAUUUCUUUUAUUGGUGUC